GGGCGGACAGCGGCGGGUAGGAGUGGCCGCGGAGGUUGCAGUGACUGGCGGACUCCCAGUCGGCGGCUUGCGGCAGCGUCGACACUUCCUGUCAGCCGCUCGAUCAGAGCAGAGCCGAAGCGAGGGCGGAGGAGGCGAGGCGCGGAGUGGAGCGGGAUGGCAGAGAACAGCUCCGAGACAAGCGGCUCCGUUCACCGGAGAUGUCCGACCCAUUCUUCCCCGGGGGUCGGAGCCUCCAAGUGGAUCCGACUGAAUGUCGGAGGGACGUAUUUUCUAACGACGAGGCAGACGCUGUGCCGAGACCCGAAAUCCUUUCUGUUCAGGCUGAGCCAGGCUGAUCCGGAGCUCGAUUCCGACAAGGAUGAAACUGGUGCCUAUCUCAUCGACAGAGACCCCACGUACUUCGGGCCAGUGCUGAACUACCUGAGGCAUGGCAAACUGGUGCUCAACCGGGACUUGGCGGAGGAAGGAGUUUUGGAGGAAGCCGAGUUCUACAACAUCACAUCAUUAAUAAAACUCAUCAAGGACAAGAUCAGGGAUCGGGACUGCAAAACAUCACAGGUUCCAGUGAAGCACGUGUACCGGGUUCUGCAGUGCCAGGAGGAGGAGCUGACCCAGAUGGUGUCCACCAUGUCUGACGGCUGGAAGUUCGAGCAGCUUGUCAGUAUAGGUUACGGGCGGGCCCACCAGGCAGAGUAUCUGCUGAUUGUGUCAAGGGAGGUGAAGGGAGAGGAGUCUGCUUUGCCAAACAACAGCGGAGAGCUCGUCAGCAUCGGCUCCUCCUAUAACUACGGAAACGAAGACCAGGCCGAGUUCCUGUGCGUCGUUUCCAAGGAGCUGCACAACCAGUCGUACGGGACCAACAGCGAACCCAGCGAGAAGGCAAAGAUUCUCCAGGAGCGGGGAUCCCGGAUGUGAGGUGGACUCAGUAUUAGGGGCUCCAGGUGUUUUCAUCAUAUCUGUGGAACAGCGUUGAGCACAAACAGAGUUUUUGGGGGGCGGUGUGCAUUUAUUCGUCUUCCCUCCACUUUUGUUUUUAUUUCUUGAUGUAAAUAAGUCUGUUUACUGACAAGUUGUGCCUGUACAUUUAAACUGGACCUUUUUUGCUUUUUUUUGAAUUGGCAGCAAGUAUUUUUUUUCUUUUUAUCUGAAAGUGAGGAAUUGUAAUCGACUGUUUUAUGCUAUAAAAUAUGGCCGCCAUCAUAUAGGGCCAGCGAGUCA